AUUUACACAUGCAGACACAUCGUAGGUUGAUCGCCAUUCGCCAUAUUCUUUGUGUUCGACUCGAAGUGAUCAGAUAGAGUGAAAUGUAACUAUUGUCCAGUACAGAGUUUAAAACUGGAUAAGUGUUUUCUGUCCCGUUUAGGCGUACAACGUGGUCCGAGAAGCCAUGCAGGUUAGACAUCAUUAAAAAUCAAAGUAACGAACGAAGAAAGUCAUAAUUGUGCCGGUGUAAAAUUGUGAAUUGUCACACCAACGCAACUGAUAAAUCAUUGAGUAUUCUCCUCGAUUAACCUCCCCUGGCAAUAGGCGAAUGACACAAGAUUGUGAAAAUGGAACAGAAGCAAAGGACUGGUGGAGACUUGACUUCUACAAAACAGAACGAAACUAUCGUCCGGACGUCGAGCGAUGAAUAUGAUUCGAGUCUAUUCGUCAAGAGUAAAGAUGAUCCUCUUGUAGAAUGGGAAUCGGUUCAGUGUUACACGAUGUCUAACAAACGAUCAAUCGGCGAGUCCGGUAUCCUAGAAGAUCAUUGUCUUUACACAAAAAAGCCAUUUUUCAAAGCAGAAAGAACCACGUCGUCCGAUGGUUCUUGGCCAAAGUCCAAGGGCGAGACCGGUAAAGAUGUUAUGGUAAAAGUUGAGGAGACCGAUUACGGAGGGUUGUACUAUGACUUCGAUGACUCGAGCGAAAAAACCGGCGUUGCUUUCCUGAACCGCGACCACGAUUACUAUUCAAUCGAAAGCAGCAACAGCUGCAAGGAGGAACAACCAUCUGCCGAGCAGAGUUUCUCCAGUUCAUCGAGCACGAACGACGACAAAUCGGUUAUCAUUCGUAAUCUUGAAAACUGGCUCCACGCAUCCUCCGAAAAUCAAAACGCCUUUGACGGUCCCAUAAUUGCCACAAACGCUGGCCAGGAUAAGGGAAAGAAUUUAUCUAACACCCGCGAUGACUUUCCUCGGAGUAGCUACACUGGCCGGAAUCAAGGCCAAGAGUCCUUGGAGCAGAAUCUCUUCACUUACGGAACCAAGCCGUAUCCUUCGGUCCGGCAAAGAUACCCGGAGACCCGGAGCAAAAGGGGAGAGAAAUAUUCAUCCGCAGAUGUAUCGAAAGUGAAAUCUAUCCAGGAUAAAAAAGCGAACAGUGUUUCCCAAUUCCCAGAGGUCGGAAGUGGCAAUCACAACUCUCUGAAGGAACAGUCUUCGCACAAUAGUCGCAGGAUGACGCGAAGCCUCAUUAAGAGUAUCGAGAACGUAUUUGGGUCUGAAAACGCACGCAAUCAAGUCGGCAAGUUCGUUUGGGGACGGAUCAGCAUGGCCUGGUGGCCCGCAAUAGUGGUUGCCGCUGAGGAUGUUGGGAUUGAACCAAAGGUGGAUAAAGUUUGUGUUUAUUGGAUAGGCGAGGAUCUAAUUUCGCUGUUAAACGAGAAAACUCAAGUUGAACCAUUUUCAAGUAGUUUAGAUAGUAGACUGCUCAGACAUCUCGAAGACGAAAGAGUACCAAGAGAUAGGAAGAAGGCCUGUUUCGUAACUUUGAAGCUUUUCUCGAAACGUUUGAACAUCCCUUUGAUCAAACCUCACGUAGCCUGGGCCCAAAAGCAUCUGAUGGGAAAAAACCACCUGAAUGAUGUAAUAUGCAGUCCACUUCCAAAAUAUAUACAACAACGGCUGGCCCAGUUAAAGCAGGAAAAUACUAAGGCAAAGGCAAAGAUUGAACGCAGUAAAGAAGAAGCACGUUCACCAAAAUCGCCCAACGACUCGAGUUCUUUAAGCAGCGAAAAUCGGGACAGCUUGGACAAGAAGCUCAAGGAUAAUGGAUCACGAUCCAGUAAAUUUCCCAAAUACUUGGUCCGAAAAUCGGCAAAGGAAUUGCUUUCCAGUUCUGCAGAAGAUCUCGUACUGCCACUGAUGGAUCAAAAACCGGGAGUUAUCGUGUGGGGAAAAAUCAGUGGGCAUAGCUGGUGGCCUGCGAUGAUCAUUCAUCAUCACGACUGUGGAACAAAGGAACCCAACUUUGGCUGCCAAUGGAUCCUCUGGUACGGGGAUUAUCAGUUAUCCCAGGUUCACUAUGAGAAUGUAAUGAAAUUCGACGAGGGAAUAAAGAAAAUGCAGAGCUACGUAACUCAGUGUAAAAGACAAGUAUACACGAACGCUGUUCUCAACGCCUGCAAGGAUUAUUGUGCUCGGCUCAAUUACGAUACCAGCAAAUGGACGAUGGACGAUGUCUUAGCUUGGGUGUCAAGUUUGAGUACCACUUCGAAAAUGCCAAUAAUUUCCAGGCCAAAUGACGAGUCUUCAGAAUCAAGAUAUUCGUCUCACAUUGUGGAAAAACUUAAUGAGAUGAAAGCAAAUCAGGGUGUUGCAGCUGAACGUGAAAGCCAAAUUGAAAACUGCGAUGCUUUGAAAGCCGUAUUUGCUGGGCUUUGUGACACUCUGGAAGUUCUGUGCAUUAUUUGUCUAAAAAUUCACUGCAAAAAUUUACAAGAACAUCCGUUUUUCAACUGCGUUCUUUGCACAGCUUGCUUGGAAGAAUUCAAGGCAGCUAUAUUCGCUUACGGGGAUGAUGGAAAAUGCUUCUACUGCACUUUGUGCGCCGGUUCGGACACAAUCGUCAUGUGUGACAGUUACGAUUGUCCUCGAGUUUAUUGCACCGCUUGUCUUAAGUAUCUGAUAGCUCCAGCGAGCUAUGAUGAAAUUCUGCUCAAGGAUCCAUGGCUCUGUUUUUUAUGUGACGACUCUUACAAACAAGAGAAAAGUCGAAUAUUCAAACCACGAGCAGACUGGAAGAAAAGGAUGGGUCAACUAUUUCACAAAAACAUUGACACAAGUUGGAAUAAAGUAUGGGAUAAUAGUAGAGAGAGAAAAUCAAUACGUGUACUGUCACUCUUUGAUGGAAUCAGUACAGGACUGCUAGUGCUAGAAAAUCUGGGCAUAAUAGUGGAAGAUUAUUACGCUGCAGAAAUCGACGCCGAUGCGCAAACCGUCAGCAUGGCACAUUUUGGGGACAAAAUAUACCAGCUUGGUGAUGUCAGGAGUAUAACGCAGGACGUUAUAGACUCGAUUGCACCCAUCGAUUUACUCAUCGGCGGUUCACCAUGCAAUGACUUAAGCGUAGCAAAUCCAAACCGAUUGGGUUUAAACGAUCCGAAUGGAACUGGAGUACUCUUUUUCGAGUACUGUCGAAUAAAGAACCUCGUCACUGAAGCAAACGGAGGUCACCACUUGUUUUGGCUUUUUGAAAAUGUUGCUUCAAUGCAGAGCCGAUACAGAAUUGCAAUUAAUCAGUCCCUCAAUUGUGAACCAUACCUCAUAGAUGCCGCAGAUUUUUCACCCCAACAUCGGCCAAGAUUGUUUUGGAGCAAUCUUCCAAUAGGGGUAAAUUUUCCGCCUCCAGACCCCUCUCAAAAUCUGCAAAGCGUUUUGACACCAAAUUGCAACCGCCAUGCUUUGGUAAAAAAGAUACAGACAGUCACGACGAAAGUAAAUUCUUUGAAACAAGGUGUAUCACUUUUGAAACCAGUUUUGAUGAACGGAGCGCCUGAUUCUUUGUGGAUAACAGAAUUGGAGCUAAUUUUUGGCUUUCCAAGGCAUUUCACUGACGUUAAAAACCUUUCUGCUACAAAACGGCAAAAAUUGAUCGGUCAAUCAUGGAGUGUGCAAACGAUCACUGCAAUUUUACGACCUCUCUGCUAUUUCUUUUUAUUAAAAACGCCAGAGUAA